GAGACUGUCGUCGCGAAGUUUUCCCUGCAAACCUGCUUUCAAUCACGGCUUAUUGGACAGUCAACUGAGCCCUGUGGAAAAAGCAUCAGCUGGCGGACGCUUAACUGUUUUUAACCCUUUUGUCACCGGGAUCAUGAACAAGAACUCGAUCAGCACUGACCAGGAGCUGCGUCAGGGGGAGUACCUCACCAGUGAAGAUGGCAACUACAAAGCUGUCUUCCAGGAUGACGGCAACUUUGUCAUCUAUACCUGGUCCCCCAUUUGGGCAACAAAUACAUGUGGCAAAAACCCAUUUCGGAUCCUUCUGCAACAGGAUAACAACCUGGUUAUGUUCAACGAAGAAGAUAAAACUGUGUGGGCCUCUGGCACCUCCACCAGAAUGAACCUGACCGUGACUAAUGAAGGUCAGCUGGUUCUUGACCGUAAUGGACAAACAGUUUGGAGUGCUGGAAAAAAGUAGAUGUGAGAUUGAAAUAAAGAGCUCUUAUGUUUAAUAACUCACUGUUUUAUGAGUAUUAUUGUAUCAAAAUUCACUCUGUAGAGCGAAACUGGAUAUUUAUGAUGUUAUCUGCGUGAACUCGUCAACAAUAAUGAUUGUUCUCUUGGACUCAAAGGUCAAGGUCACUGUGACCACACAAAACAUGUUUUUGGACAUAAUUUAAGAAUUCAUAUCUGUUAAUUAUGAAACAAUUUAACUCAAAUGUCU